UUAGCUUUCCUUCUGCGUGGAGUCAUUCUGUGGAUUUUGGUCCAUUUAUGGGCUGAAUAUCUGAAUGUUUGCAGUCAGAAUGUCUUCAAUCAAACCUCAACGAGAGUUGAGCAACGAGCAGGAAACUCCUGCUGCAGAAACAGAGUUUAAUGGGACCGUAAAGAAGGAGGAAGAGAUAAAUGACUGGGACAGACUGCAGGAUUUGCGGACCGCAUUACACCCAACUGAUCAACUACAGAAUUAUAUUUGGAAAGAAGUGGCUCCCUCUGACCGGGAGCUCUGUAAACAGGAAACAGAUUCCAAUUUGGAUCAGAAGGAACGAGAACCUCUGCAGAUGAAAGACGAGCAUCAAGAACCAGGAUAUCCCUGGACUAAAGAGGAACCAUUGGAGCUCUGCAUAAGUAAGCAAGAAGAGCAAUUUGAAUUAAAGCAGGAGAAUGAAGAUACAUCAAUAGUGAGUGCAACACAUGAAGACAAGUACCACAUUAAACCAGAACCAAUUGUGGAUCAAGCUGUCUCUCAGGAUUAUAGUCAAACUGAGCUCCAGGAUUGCAAAGGAAAUCCUAAUAAAAACUCAGGAUCACAGCAAGAUGAAGGGCUGAAACAAAAUAAGAGCCAUCAGAAAACCAUGAAGCGCAACAACUGUGUUAAUUUGAAAUGCAAAAGGGACAAGAAAUCUCACACAGAAACUGCUGUGUAUUCUUGUAAAAUAUGUGGUGAGGGUUUUAGUGAAAGUAGUAACUUGUCUCAACACUUGAAAAGUCACAAAGGUGAGAAGCGUUUUCAGUGUACGUGUGGAAAAAGUUUUACAAAAAAAGGAAAUUUAACGGCGCACAUGAGAAUUCACACAGGUGAGAAGCCUUUUUCCUGUAACACCUGUGAAAAAACGUUCAGAAUAAAACAUUCAUUAAAUAAACACAUGAGGAUUCACUCGGGUGUGAGGCCAUUUAAAUGUCUGUCCUGUGGAAAAAGCUUUAUCACAAAACCUGCUUUUGAUAAACAUGUCAGAAUUCACACAGGUGAAAAGCCUUUCUCUUGUACCAUUUGUGGUAAAGGUUUUAUUGACAAAGGUCAUUUGACUAAUCAUUUGAAGACUCACACAGAUGAAAAACCCUUCCCCUGUAACUCCUGUGAAAAAACCUUCAGAUCUAAAUAUUCAUUAAUUGAACACAUGACAGUUCACACAGGUGUAAAACCCUUUUCGUGUGAGACCUGUGGACAAGGAUUUAUUAAAAAACGACAGUUAAUGGUUCACAUGGGACGUCAUACAGGUGUGAACCCUUAUUUGUGUGUCAUCUGUGGUAAAGCGUUCAGCCACAGCGGUAGUUUAAAAACUCACUUCCUAACGCACACAAAUGAGGAGCCAUUACAUUGUGUGACGUGUGGGAAACGUUUCAUAAGCAAAACAGGUUUAACACGUCACAUGAGAAUUCACACUGGUGAGAACCUUUUCAAAUGUCAGUUCUGUGGAAAAGGCUUCACUCAGAAAUCUUUUCUGGAUGACCAUGUCAGAAUUCACACAGGUGAGAAGCCUUUCACAUGUGUUAUUUGUCUCAAAAGUUUUGCUCGAAAAGUUAAUUUGACUGAUCACAUGAGACGUCACACAGAUGAAAAGGUGUUUUCCUGUAAUACUUGUGAAAAAAGUUACAGAUCAAAACCGUCAUUGAACAAACACAUGAAAAUUCACACAGGUGAGAAGCCUUUUGUGUGCAACACUUGUGGAAAAAGCUUUUUUACAAAGGCUGAAUGCAAUAAACACAUGAAAAUUCACACAGGGGAAAAGCCUUUUGUGUGCAACACUUGUGGAAAAAGCUUCGCCGCAAGCUCUGAUUGCAACAAGCACAUUAGAAUUCACACAGGAAAACAGUGA